GCUGCUUCGAGUGUACGUGAGAGGCAGAGAGAGUGUAGGGGGAGGAAAAAAAGUGCCGCGUCUGGAUUUUCACCGAGACCUUGGCUACCACGUCCCCUCUCCCUCUCUCUCUCGCUCUCUCUUCAGGUCUGGUGUUGAGCAAGACAGGCCGUGGACGCGGGACACAAUGGGGCAAAGUGCCUGUGGCAACUGGGCCGUUGUGCUCCUGAGAGGGGGAGGGGGAAGAGAGAAGCCCGGCGCACAGAGCUAACCCAGCUAGCUGGCCGCAGGCCUCUCCUCUCGCUCUCUCUCUCUUGCUCGCUCUCUGUCUGUCGAUCUCUCCCAUACUGAAGCUACUGGAGUCGUGAGCUCUGUUUCGGGCUUUUCUCAGGACUGAAGACCUCAUUCUCAGGAUUAUUGUGGACUUCCUGUGGAUUAACAUGCAUUUGGCACUGUGGUUUUUGGGACUCAUGUGUCUGAACUGGAGGUUUGAACGCUAGCUGCUCUUGUUUUGGGUUUACAGCAGUCCACAAACUUUUCUUAUUCUUUUUAUUAUUCUUUGUUCCUUUUGGUUUGGUUUUCUGGUGACAGGACCUUUUAUAAAUGGAUUACAAAAUGCAUUCCAAGUCCAAUGAUUUGCUGGAUUUUCAGACACUGGAUGCCCUUUUGGAAAAAAUUGCACAUUAUUCAGCAGCCGUAAAAAGAGAUCCCAGCGAGGAGUGCAAUGGACUCGGCGGUGCUCUCCCAGUGGAGCCCGCGCCCGGCUCGAAGCUGAACGAGUGGUGUCCCACGGCCCCUCCGCCCGGCCCUGGGCCCAUGCUCCACCCCACCAGCAUGGGGGACGGCCUGGACGCAGCGCAGAUGUCGGGGAGCAGCAGCAGCCAGGGGCAGCCCUCAUCCCAGCCCUCUUCGCUCUACAACCCAGCUCCCCCGGAAGUGAGCAACCUUUCCCGGCCAAAGCGCCAGACCAACCAGCUCCAGUACCUGCUCAAGGUGGUGCUGAAGUCUUUGUGGAAGCACCAGUUCUCGUGGCCCUUCCAGGCCCCCGUCGACGCAGUCAAGCUCAACCUGCCCGAUUAUUAUAAGAUAAUUAAGAACCCUAUGGAUAUGGGAACAAUCAAGAAACGUCUAGAAAACAGUUUCUACUGGAAUGCCCAAGAAUGUAUUUCGGACUUCAACACAAUGUUUACCAACUGCUACAUCUACAACAAGGCGGGGGAUGACAUAGUCUUAAUGGCCGAGGCACUGGAGAAACAGUUUCUCCAGAAGAUUUCUGAAAUGCCCCAGGAGGAGACUGAGAUCGCCGUCAUGACUCCCAAGGGUCGUGGCAGGGGCAGGAGAGACACUGGCCUGAACUUGAAGCCUGGGCCUGUCUUGGAUUCUCAGCCCACGAUCCCUCAAACACGUGGCCUGUCCAGCCACGGGCUGGUGCCGCAGACCCGCGCGCCGCCUCCGGGCCCUCCCUCUCUUCCCCCGCAGUCCGCCAUGCCCACCAUGCCAACCAUACCAACCAUGCCGCCCAUGCCCACCAUACCAUCCCUGCCCCCUCGAGUGCCCCCCACGAUCCCCACCCACGCACCGCAGCUGGGGCCCCCCUACUCGCUGGGGCCGGCCGACUGCACCCCUCAAGGCCCCAUUAUGACAUCGGUGCCUCCGCCCACGCAGACAGCCCUGCCCACUGUACCCAUCCCCCAGAGUACUGCUCCAGUUCUUCAAAGCGUUAUGCCUAAACAACGAAAGAGCCAGAAGCGGAAAGCGGACACCACGACGCCCACGGCCAACGACCAGCUAAGCGAGUCGUCGCCCGCCGAGUCCAAGUCGGGCAAGACCCUGCCGCGGCGGGAGAGCGCCCGCCCGCCCAAACUCCCCAAGAAGGAGGCGCCGGACUCGCAGCACCAGAUGGGUUUUAGCGGGCCAGGCUCCGCCCACAGCCCCAAGCAGCACGAGCAGCUGCGCUACUGCGCUGGCAUCGUCAAGGAGAUGUUCGCCAAGAAGCACGCCGCAUAUGCGUGGCCCUUCUACAAGCCCGUGGACGUGGAGACCCUUGGCCUGCACGACUACCAUGACAUCAUCAAGCACCCUAUGGACCUCACCACCAUCAAGGACAAGUUGGAUAACAGGCAGUACAGAGAUGCACAGGAGUUUGCUGCCGACGUGCGGUUAAUGUUCUCCAACUGCUACAAGUACAACCCUCCAGACCACGAGGUGGUGGCCAUGGCACGCAAGCUGCAGGACGUGUUUGAGAUGCGUUUCGCCAAGAUGCCGGACGAGCCCGAGGAGGUGUAUGCGCCGGCCCCCGCACCCGUGAUGCACCCCGCCGCCCCUGUCAAGACCCAGCCGCCCAUGGUCGCCCCCUCGUCCUCCGACAGCUCCAGCGAUUCCUCCUCAGAGUCGGACUCCUCCACAGACGAUUCGGAAGAGGAGCGAGCUCAGAGGCUGGCCGAACUGAAGGAGCAGCUGAAGGCAGUGCACGAGCAGCUGGCAGCCCUGUCUCAGCCGCAGGCCAGCAAGCCCAAGAAGAAGGACAAGGAUAAGGAGAAGAAGGAGAAGAAGAAGGACAAGCAUAAAAAGAAAGGCGCCGUGUCGGGCCUGGAGGAGAUCCUGGAUCCUCCGCCUUCGCUGCAGCUGCAGAAGAAGAGCAAGAACAACAAGGAGCCCCUGCUCAAGAAGACGAAGAAGCCCAGUAAAAAAGAGGGUGUGAAGAACAACCGCUCGCUGCCGCCACAGGGCGUGGCUCCAGCCAGCACGCAGCCCGCGCCAGGCCUGGAUGCGGUUGACGACCUGGGCGUGGGGGGUGGAGCCGGCUCGGCGGGCCUGGCGCCUGCCGACAAGUGCAAGCCCAUGUCGUAUGAGGAGAAAAGGCAGCUGAGCCUAGACAUCAACAAGCUUCCCGGCGACAAACUGGGCCGCGUGGUGCACAUCAUCCAAUCACGCGAGCCCUCGCUCAAGAACUCCAACCCGGACGAGAUCGAGAUCGACUUUGAGACGCUGAAGCCCUCCACGCUGCGGGAGCUGGAGAGAUAUGUGUCCUCCUGCCUCCGCAAGAAGAAGAAGCCUCCAGAGAAGACCAUGGAGGCAAUGAGUGCUGCUAAGACGAAAGGCUCGUCGUCCGACUCGGGCAGCAGCAGCGAUUCCAGCACGUCGGACAGUGAGGAUUCCGAGUCAGGAAUGGCUUCCAAGCCCAAGAAGAGGGGCCACUCCGCCAAGGACGGGAAAAAGCCCCACCACCCGUUGAUGGCUCCGGGCGUUCCCCCGGCCCAGGUGUCCCUCCAGGCUCCAGCCCCCCUACAGCAGCCCCCCGCCCCGCUCAAGCAGCAGCCGCCGCCCCCGCAGCAUCCGUCUCCGGCCGCCUACAUGCCUCCCGCCGUGGCGCCGCUGCAGUCCUCCCAGCUGCUGGAGAACACCUUCGACUCCCUGCCGCACUUCGGACAGCCUCUCAUGCACCUGUCCCACCACACCAACGACUCGUCGUCCCCCGCCCCGCCCCAGCUCGACACUCACCCGGCAGGUGGCCCCGGCUCGCCGGAGACGCACCCGUUCCUGAACCAGCACCCCGUCCUUUCUUCCCCAGCGCUACACAACGCCAUGCCUCAGCAGCCCUCGCGGCCGAGCAACAGGGCGGCGCCGCUACCUCCCAAACCGCCGACGCCCCAACCGGCCCAGACGCAGCAGCAGCAGCAGCAGCACCCGGCCCAGCCGCCCCUGCAGCUGCAGGCGCCGCCCGUGCCGCCCCAGCACCACCUCCCUCCCCACCUGCUGCACCCACCGCAGCCCAUCCGUCAGAGGCCCCUGUCCCCGCCCACGCUCACCCCCCAGGGGCUGCUUUCCUCGCAGCCGCCGCAGUUGCUCCUGGAGGAUGACGAGGAGCCCGUGCCCUCCGUGCCCCUCAACCAGAUGCACCUCUUCCUGCAGCACCUGCAGCAGGGCCGCCAGCCGCAGACGCCGCAGACGCCCCAGCCCCCCCAGACGCAGGCCCCGCUCAUGCAGUCCCUGCAGAGCCGCCAGCCACAGGCGACCCCCCAGGCCUCGCUGCUGCAGACGGUGCAGGUGCAGUCCCAGCCGUCCUCGCUGGGCGCCACGCCCCAGCUUCCCGGGCAGGUCCAGCCGCAGGGCGCGCCCCAGCACCAGCCGCGGCACAUGCAGCACCCACCGCAGGCCCAGCAGCAGCAGCUGGCCUACCCGCAGGGCCCCGUGCAGACCACGCAGACGCAGCAGGUGCAGCACAAGGUGGCCAUGACCCCCAGCAAAGCACAGCAGCAGAUCAUCCAGCAGCAGCAACCGCAGCAUCCAUCGCCGCGGCAACACAAGCCCGACCCGUACGGCGCGGGGCACCUGAGAGAGAACCCCUCUCCUCUAAUGAUGCAUUCCCCUCAGGUCACCCAGUACACGCCUGUAGUCCACCAGUCCCCUCCUCACAACCUGCAGUCCAAAAAAGAGCUGCUGCGGGGUCCGCCGGCUCUCUCCGCCCUGAAGGAGGAGAAGCAGCCAGCCUCGCCCGUCCUGCGCGAGUCCUUCAGCCCUGCGCUGCGACCGGAGCCACACAAACCGCAGGAGAGCAAGCCCCACCUGCCGGGCCACGGACAGCAGCGACCAGAUUUGAAGCCACUGGAGAGUUCUCGCCCUGUGGUCCGCUCCUCGGACCAGAGUGGCCCACCCCCCUCCAUGCAAGACAAAGACAAGUUCAAACAGGAGCCCAAGACGCCUGUGGCUCCUAAAAAGGUACAGGAUGUGAAACUGAAGAACAUGGGCUCGUGGGCAAGCCUAGCACAGAAGUCCACCUCCAUGCCCUCGUCAUCAGUGAAGUCCAGCAGCGACAGCUUUGAGCAGUUCCGCCGCGCCGCCCGGGAGAAGGAGGAGCGGGAGAAGGCCCUCAAGGCCCAGGCAGAGCAGGCGGAAAAGGACAGACUGCGCAGAGAGCAGGAGAAGCAGCGCCGUGAUGAGGAAGACUCCAUGGAGCCGCCACGAAGGCCCCACGAGGAGGCACGCAGGCGCCCGGAGCACACGCAGGCACCGGCCCCUCAGCCGCCGCCGCCGCAGGCCCCGCCGCCACAGGCCCCGCCCCCUGCUGCCCCACAGCCCCCGCAGACCGCCGCCCAAUCCCCGGCCUCCAGCCAGACAGCCCUCGACCAGCAGAGGGAGAUGGCGCGCCGCCGGGAGCAGGAGAGGCGGAGGAGAGAGGCGAUGGCAGCUACCAUUGACAUGAAUUUCCAAAGUGAUCUGAUGGCUAUCUUUGAGGAGAACUUGUUCUGAAAUGCACAAAGAGGCAGGAGAGACUGCCAAACUCCUUUUUGUCCCAAAAAAUGUAAAAGUGGACAUAACGGAUUCCUCUGCAUGGAGAAAACAGACUGAUGAAGCAGCAAGGGAAAAAUAUAAACCAGUAGAGACCCCACCUGGCCAUGAGAAACACUGACGAGGCAUAGAUGGAGGGCACUGUGUGCGCUGAGGCCUCAACAGGAAGCCCCCAGCGCUCCUGUAGCCUUGGCAGAAAAGAGGGACCCUCGAGCUGGGACAUCACUGCCUCUCUCUGGCUUUUCCUCUUGGAUUCAAGCCUGUCAUGGUAGCAGGAGCGAGAGGACUUCUCCUGGGGGCACUAGUUCCAAACAAUGGGAGCAAUGGACGGACUUUGUUUUCAGUGGUGGCGUAUCUAAGCGACAACAGUUUAAAUGUUCUGAUUUACCCGUAGUACGGCGUUCAUCAACUGCCAGAUGUCUGAGGGGUUGUUGCUUUUUUUUUUUUUUUUUUUUUUGCUGUUUUUUUUUUGCUUUUUGUAACACAUGCAAGCAGGUGUUUGGAUGGCAUCGUGAGUGACCCAAAUCGAGAUCACAAGAUGUGUUAUGUCUCAGGAGAGGAGGCGGAGCUUGCUUUGCGUCUCUGACCUGUACAAACAUGCAUCGCUGAACACAUUAUUCACUGUCCAGGGAGUAAGAACAAAACAGCAAAACACAAGCAAAAGCAUUAUUACAGAUUGAUUUAUUUAGGAUUUACUGUACACAGAUGUUUUCUUCUUGAGGUUUUUUUUUGUUUUAAAAGCCCUGUUACCAACACUUGUCCCCCUCUGAUGUCUAUGCCAAACAACCUUGUCCUUUUAUGCUAAAAUCCUAGACCUGAAAUGCUUCAUUUAACGUGUCUUUCUUAAUAUAUAAAUUUUUUUUUUUUUUUUUCUCCCAACCCAACAUAAAAGUUUAGGUAGCCUUGUAGUAGAUAAACCUAAUAUAUGCAUUAUUCCAACAAUUGUUAAUUGAAGACAGAUUCAUUAACAUACUUUUAACCUUUCAUCCAUUUCACUUAAAGUUGAUGCCAGAUCGUACCGUAAGCGGGUGUGUACCUCUAAUGGAAUUUCUGAGUAUCCUUUAGUUUGAGUAUAAUUUUUAAAAGCAUACAGUAACUACUUUGUGUGUAUUAUACAUAUAGAAAGAAGACAUGAAAUGAACUGUCCAUAACUGGUUCAUGUUCAAGCUACUGCAUUCUAGAAGUAACGUAAGCGCCAACUGUGCGAGCAACCGGCUGUCCUGCCUCUGUGGAGUCUGCGGAGAAGGUGGAGCCAGAGUACACCCCUCAGUUGUGGGUUUUUUGUUGUUGUUUUUUUUUUUUUUUUUUUGCAUGUCUCCCCCCUCCCUCCGUUCGUUUUUUUUUUUUGUUUUUGUUUUUUUGCUUCUUUCUUUCCUGCAGAUUGUUCUAUGACAACUAAUCAGAGGGGACUGUAUGCUGUUCUGGAUAUAACGAUUACAUGAGAUUUGAAGCAGAAAACAAAAGAAAUUCAGUUCUGAUUUUAUAUCAUCGUUCUUGUUCAAUUAUAGUGGAUGUGAGUUCUAAUUAUGUUAUUUGAAUCGGCGGGGGGGGGGGCCAGGGCCAUAGUUCCAGACCUUUGCAGGUCAUCUGAGUUUUCUCCUAUGGUGUUUUCUCCAGUGCCUGUAUUGUAUUGCGAUUCUAGUUGGCAUAUAUUAUGUUUUAGGGAGGGUGAGGGAGGGAGAGGGAGAUUGGGGUUUUAGGGGAGAGCUUGUGUAAAAAGCAAAAAUAAAAAAAAAAGAAAAAAAAAAGGGAAAAAAAAUAAAUAAAUAAAAAGGAAGGUGAACAUUUUAUAAUCUACCCAUUUACAAUAUUCAGGUUUAAAUCUAGUUUUAGCUGGACUUCUUCACUAUUCACCAGGCAGUUGAGUUUUCAUUUUAUUGAAGCUGUUUUAAGAGGAUGUGUCUAGGCCGCCACAUACUCCUCACUGUGUGUGUGUGGGCAGCUGGACGUGUGUAUGAAUGUGUCAGUAUGAUGUUCAGCACGUGGCACGGGGAAGUGUGUACCUCCUCGGUGUGUCCACAAACACUUCACAAGAAAGUUGCUUUGCUAACACUUUUUUUUGUUUUCCCUUCUGAUGAAGUCCACAUAAAAAAUAUAUAUAAUUUUUUUUCAUUGAUUUUGUAAAAAGGUGAAAGAAGAGACACUUCAUUCCUUCAAGCCUUUAAAUGUAUUCAUUUUCUUUGGUAACAGUUGGACGUUAAUGUGCCAUAGAUACAGAAUCUACAGAAAAUGCUGAUUUGCCACUCAGCAGAGGGUUUGCAUUAUUCAGGUAUUGUUUUUGUUUUUUUAUUUUUCCCCAUUUAUUCUCUCUCUCUCUCUCUCUCUCUCUCUCUCUCUCUCUCUCUCUCUCUCUCUCUCUCUCUCUUUGCCUUGUGUUAAACAUUUCCUCGAUUACUGUUUGGUAUGUGAGUGAACUAUCGAGGUCAAUGAUUCAGUCUGUUAUGAUCAUGAUAUAAACUCAUCUCUUUUAUAGAAAAUUAAAAGGAAACCAAAAAAA